GUCUGCUGUGUGUUCGAUGGACAAGCCCCUAACAUUAGCGUGAGAGAGAGGUGCGGUGUUGCGUGAUUGCGAGAUUUGGCUGCGAGUUUCCGAGCGUGUGUGUUUGUUGUGUUGUUUCGAGUUGAAAAAGUCAUAAAUAACGAGCGAAAGAUUAAUAUUAAUACAUCCAAACUCCCCCCUCUCACCGUUCUGCAACAUUAUACGCAUAAAAACCCCGAUAACUCCAUACCCAGGGGAAAGAAAAAUCUUGAAAUCUGCGUAAUAAACCAAUGCAUCGAGACCCUACCUGAUAUCGAAAGUAUAGCCAGAACGUGAGACAAGCAACAACAACCAAAAAAAAAGAAGAAAAAGAAAAAGUUGUAUGUGAAUACAUGUAUAAAGAACUGAGUGAGUGAGUGAACGAUUUUCUGUGAGACGUAUACUAUUGUCCAGAAACAGGAAGGACGAGGGCAAUAGUUUAUUUGGAGAGGCUAUCUAAUUCAGUCCAAUUGAGUUGCGUAUACGAUAAAAGUGGCACCCAGAAAAAUGUCAUCAUAUAUUCAGGUUGCUGAGGACGAGGGUGAGGAGCCCAUAGAGUUACCCACUGAGGAUGACAGUACAUUGCUGUUGACUACACUGUCUGGCCAAUUUCCCGGUACCUGCGGUCUCAAAUAUCGCAAUCCCGAGUCGAGGAGCAUGCGGGGCGUUAGACUUGUCGAGGGAAGACUCCAUUCCCCCGAGAGUGGCUGGGGAAAAGCUGUCUAUUACUGCGUUUUUCCAAAAGAAAAUAAACGGAAAUCCGAUGACAAUUUGGAGAAUUCCACAGCAAAGACUAAGAGAAUGGAGACAAAACUGCGAUGCACUGAUUUAAUUGUACUUGGAUUACCCUGGAAAACUACAGAGCAAAAUUUGCGGGAGUACUUCGAGACUUUCGGAGAAGUUCUAAUGGCCCAGGUAAAAAAAGAUGCGAAAUCGGGCCAGAGCAAAGGCUUUGGAUUCAUCAGAUUCGGCAGUUACGAGUCCCAGCUGAGGUGUCUUGCCCAAAGACAUAUGAUCGAUGGACGAUGGUGUGACGUCAAGGUUCCCAACAGCAAGGAGGGAAUGAUUCAGCAAGUGCCGUGCAAGGUAUUCGUGGGCCGCUGUACAGAAGACCUAACAGCGGACGAUCUUCGUGACUACUUCACAAAAUUCGGUGAAGUUACGGACGUAUUCAUCCCCAAGCCAUUUCGUGCAUUCUCAUUCGUAACAUUCUUAGAUCCCGAGGUUGCCCAGUCCCUCUGCGGUGAGGAUCACAUAAUAAAGGGUAUAUCGGUACAUGUAUCGAAUGCAGCACCAAAAUCCGAGGGUAAUAAUCGUAAUUUCAACAAUCAGAUUAAUUCAAAUAUGCGUGGAAGGGGUAUGCCCGGCCCCAUUGAAAAUAAUAUGCAGGGUAAUUAUCAGGGAAAUCGUUACAUGGGACACUCGGGUAAUAAUAUGGGGCCCAAUGGCUGGAGUAAUCCUGGCAAUCGUGGUAAUAUUGAUAUGCCAAAUUUACAAGCACUUGGUAUUACUGGACAGAAUAAUGGCGGUGGUGGUGGUGGUGGUAUGUCAAAUCCACUUGCCAUGGGGGGAAUUAAUCUGUCAGCACUGCCAGUUAAUCCAGCCCUUGUGGCUGCUGCACUCAAUCAAGCAUCAUGGGGACUCAUUGGGAAUCUUCAGAAUCAGGGAAAUGAUCAGGGAUAUUCUAAUCAGCCUGGACCACCUGGACAACCACCCUCAGGAAACAACAGCAUUGGUAACAGUGGAAAUUCAGGGUUUCUCAGCUGGAUGAAUCAAGGGGGUGGUGAUGGUAAUACAGGUAAUCCUGGAUCUGGUGGACCGGGAGGUCCUAAUAAUCCCAAUGCCAAUCAGGGUGCCUGGCAGAAUCAUCCUGGACAGCGUGAUCAGAAGAACAACGCGUUUCUCAAGUAUGAGUAAGGUGGAGAAACUAUGAUUGCAGACGAAUGUUGGGGGUGAUUAUUUGGCGGCAAUUUAGAUUUUUUUUUUUCAUCUUUAUGACAAAUUAUAUGCACUUUUGACGUCGACGGUGAGGUGGAACAUGAUGGGAAGGUGGAGCGUAUGAAAUUGGGAGGGAGUUGAGGGGAAAUUAAUGGAAAAAUAUUCUGCUUUUCGAUAAUGAUUCGACCUAGAUUCAAGUUGCGACUCGUUGCGGAUGAAAAAAUUAUUCAAGUCACCACUUGAAUGUACAGAUUCACUUCAACUAUAACCCACACUCGAAUUCAGGCCCAGACCGGAAUUUGAAUGAUGUGAUGAAUUCAGAUUCAGAUAUCAAUACCAGACAAAAAAAAGGAUACUCUCCAAAAUAUUCUCCUCGAUCCACUUCUACCCAAGAGAAACGUGCAAUCAAUAAAAAUGUCAAAGGUAAUCCAUCACGUUCCUCCCCACCCACAAUUACCCACCUCAGAUUAUAAUUAUCUAAUCAACUGACUUUAUUUUAUUACACGCAAUUCACAUUUUCUUUCUACACCCAGCAAUAUUGAAUAUAAAAAUAAUCACCCAGCAAAAAACCAACGAGAGAGGAUGUAUUAUAAAAUCGAAUUCAACUAAUGUCAUUAAAACAAUGCAACUAAAUCUAAAGAGAACUGAUUGAAAAACAAAUAUAAAAUACUGGUAUGAAAUAUGAUUUGAAAACAAUUUGGACAUGAGAUGAUUGUACUGAUGUGGUACAUUGGAACGAUUAAUUAAACUUAAGUCGAGAUAUGGUUGGAAAGAGUCAAAUGGGUAGUGAAUGUGCAUUAGAAUUUUCCGUAUCAUUUGACUUAUUUCUCAUGAGAUAUAUGCUAAUGAUAAUUCUAAUGUCUAGAACGACGUAUAUGUGCUUGGAAUUAAUUGCAGUGUGUUUAAUAUUUAAGUAAUAAUGAGGUAUGUUCGGUGUUAUGUGGGUUAUGGAGUAAGUUAGCACCCUUUCACAAAUCAAUGAAUGAAAUAGAAUUGGAAUAAUUGAUGACAAUGGAUGAUAAUGCAACUGAUAAUUGAUUAAUUGGUGAGGAUUUCGAAAUGAAAGAUGUGAAUUUGUGAGAGGGGAUAAAGAUUAGAUGAUUAAUAUCUGUGAGGGUUGGGAUAAGAUUGAUCAUACGAUAGUUGUUUAUCAGUUUGUGAGUGUAUUCGUAUCAUUGAAUUAUUAACAAAGAAAAUAUGGUUAAUAAAUAAAGUAAAAUGAAUGUAGGUCUUGCCAUUUAUUAUGGUGAACAAAAAAAUAAUAAUGUACGUAUAUGGAUUAAUAUGCGCUUAGUUGAUAGUUAUUUCAUCGAUGAGAGCUUAAGUAAUUGUUGUAUACAUGCUUUUUCAAGGAAUGUUGCAUGGUUUCCCUCCUGGGUGGAUCGGAUGCAUGAGGAAUUUUUUUUUAAUAUUAUUUUGGUAGAUGAAAGAGAAUUCUGAGGGAACAUGUGAAAUGUGAGAGGAUUUUAUUUUAAUUAGGUUUAGAGAAUAUAUGAAGGUAAUAUUGUGUGGAGAACCUUAUGAACUACCAAAGACAUCAAACUUAAGUCAAGACUUGAGUUCAGGUAUAGAUGAGAUUGCAGGUUGUGGUUAUAUUCAAAGACAUGCCCCGGAUUAAAUUCAGCUCUUCCAUUAAAUUGAAGCCAGAGUUGGAGCUUAAAUUCGGAUUUUCAAGUAAAUUCAAGACGUAAAUUCAUAUCCUGGCUUCAAUUUAUAUCAUGUCUUAAAUUCAGAUCGGCCAAAAAAACUUCAAAUUCGUGAGAAAAUAAAUCCUCUCACACUGGACAAUUUUCCCCUGUAGAAAACAGUCAAGUGCAGAUGGUAGUUAAUAUCCCGAGUGAAAUAGUAACCCGAUUCAACAUUAACAUUCACCCAUCGAUUAUUUAUUACUAACCCACAAGCAAUUGCAGUGUUAUAAUUAACACAAACGAACCGCAAUCAAGAUUUAAUUUUUCAAUAUUUUCAUAAAUUUCCAUCUUCAAUCAAUAAAAUUGGAUCAUGGGAUGGAGGGAAUGAUAACAAAACCACGGAAAAAACCGACGAAUGCAUAAAUAAUUGGUACGCAGUUAAUCGAGUCUUUGAAUAGAUUGAAAUAAUUGAAAAUCUGAUUUGUAACCAUGAACUUUCUCUCGUAGAUACUUAGCGUGAAUUACACAGUUGUACGACUUUUUGUGUAUGAAUAUUUUACACUGGUGCGCUAAUGUGUAAAUCAAAUAAAACUUAAGAUUAAAAGGAAAUUGAGACAGUAGUAACCGAUAUAACUAGUUCAUUAACAAAUGCGGAAGAAACUAACGGUGAACUUUGAACUAAAUAAAUAAAUGAAGUUGCUUCAUUUCAUUGAUUGUGUGGGAUAGAGAAAAAAAUUAUUGUAUAUUAAUAUGCAGUUUAUUUAAAUUGAAUUGAAUAUUUUGAAAAUAUUAGAUAAUAUCGAGAGUGAAUUCAAUCAAUUGUUUCUUUUACAGCUGAUUGAAUAUGAUUGUUUUCUUUGUAAUUUUUUGACGAGUGGUGGAAGCUUAUUAUGACAUUAUAUCGUCAUUGCCUGAGUGAAAUUUAACGUGUCAUGUCUCAUUCUCAAGGUUUCAGUUUAACCUUUAAAAUGAGACCUGUGUCAUACCAUUUGUAUCACUACCACUCGACCAUAAAAAUUGCAAUAAAUAAGAAUCAAUAUGACGGUAUUGAAAUCAUUAAUAGUUAUAUCAAUUUGGGGUUCUUAAUGAAAAAAUACCAUUUUCUUAUUCUUUGAAGAAAAAAAAUUAUCGAAAAGUUUCACUAGGUGACGAGGGUCUCGCAAUUUCUUUAGUCAAUAUAAUGUACAUUAAACGAAAAUAAUUGAGGGGUAAAAAUUUAACUGAUGAAUAUGUGGCAGUAAAUAAUUUUUAAAAAAUUAUAAAGAUCAUCAAUGAACGAGAAUAACGCUGUCACGUGAAUAUCGUUACACCAAAAUUAAUGAAACUAUUCACAUAAGCUACUUCAAAUCACACAUUAUCUUAUUAGUGGAGAGACAAAUCGAAAGAUAAAUAACAAAUAUUGACAAAUAAAGGGAAUUCUUAUACGUGAUUGUGUGUGCAGUUUGUAUCUUUCAUUUUUGUUUUACAGUGUGAAGAAUUUUUAAAAUAAUAUACUUUUCACUUUAUUAUUUCUCAUUCAUCCAUCGGUUUUUAUUAUCUUUCUACUCGCGAGCUUUCUCAUUUUAGCGAUCGUCACUGGUUCCACCAAUAAUGGGGGUUUUCUAGUGACAAAUAUUUGAGUUUUCAGUGCAUUUUUUCGGUGUUUUUUUUUCUCACCUCAUGGAAUUUACUAACGUCACUUUCUUUUACAAUAUUAUUUUUAGUCAUUCUGGAGUGAAAGAGGUGGAUGUUUUUUUUUAGAGGGAAAUGUCUUCAGAUUUUUUUUUAUAAGAUUUGGAGGUUUCGGAAAUAAUAAAACUGGGGUGAAAGAUAAUCUGGAAGAUAGUUUUUAAAAAAUUACCUUCUCUCUCUCCUAAUUAUGUAACCUCUUGACAUUACCUUCAGCUCACUUCAAACGGUUUCUUUAGAUGGAACAAAAGCAAAUUACUUGUGGCUUAAAUUCAGAUCCCGAUAUAAAUUCAGGUCAUCUUUGAAACGCAGAGCGCGGUCGAAAGUCAGUCAAAAUAAAUGAAGGAAUGAAAUUUUGGUUUAUAAAUUCAAAUUGCGUCUUAAAUUCGUGUACGGUAAAACAAGAUUUCAAAAGAAAAUUUCAUAUCUAUCUUUCAGAUUUUUUAAUCCUCUUUCACCAUCGAUUUAAAGAGGCGUAAAGUCCUCUCCGUACUUCAAUAAAUUUUUUUCUCUUCCCGAAGCCUCUUUAAUGUCCCCGAAAAUAUCCUCUUCCCAUACAUAUUCACUAAAAAAAAUUCUCGUCCCCCCCCCCUCCUCCUCCUCCACCUCCUGGACUCAUCCCUUUAAAAAAAAUCGUUUGAAAGUAUUAUUUUGGACAUUCUGGAAGCGAAAGAAAAACUGAGUAUUCAAAUGGUGGCUGAUGUGUUAUUGACUUACUCAUGAUGACUGAAGAUUCAUUAGUGGACCGAUUGGAUUGAAUUAGCGAACGUGAAUAAUGUGAGUAUGAAUCGGUUGAAUGUAUUUGUUAAUGGUCGUCUCAGAACUACAGAAGCGAAAGUUUGUCUGAUAAAAAGGUAAAAAUCUUAUUGAACUUAAAAUGAAUGGACUGUAUCUGAAGAGUGAAGAAACGAGUGUUGGAAUCACAUUGAUGGAUGAAACAGCAUCUUCCACCGGCUAUUUAAUUUUUCACUAUUUAACUCUGACUGAUUUGAAAAAAUGCCUGAGUGUUUUAUACCGAUUAAGCGUGGACGGUAAUGAGAUAUAAUUUGUUUUUUAAAUUAUAGGAAUGACAGCCAGCAAUGAGUGCUCUCACAAACAAAACGUUUAAAUCAAUUUUAAACAAAACAUGACAGCUGAUAGACAAAGACUGUAGUUUAAGACAACUUUUAACAAACAUUUAGAACCGUUAGGGCGUACGAUGAUAAAAAAAAAAUUAUGAAAUUUCGGUCCCUUCCAAACCGUUUAUACACAGAAAAUUAAAUUUUAGUCAAAGUAAUAUUACAAUUACACAAUGAACGAGUGUGCAAUAUCUACGGAAUUUCUUUUUGAAUAAAAAUGGAAUUCCAUUGUUGCUAUUGACUUCUGAAAAAUAUAAACUGAAGAAAUACUCCUUCUCAACAACUGAAUCAUGAAUUUUUUCACGACACACUGUAAUGUAUUAAGUCAAUUAGAAUUAGGGAAGAUUAAUUAAAAAAAGAAAAGAAAAUAAUGAAACAAAAAGUAAUUGUUGCUCAAGAGUUGCCUUGCAAAAUGAUUAAAUAAAUAAAUGAUGAUGAAAAAAUGACGAGUGAAGCGAUUUGGAAGUGAUCGGCACAGAAUUUGUAAAUAUCCAUGAUGAAUUUUCAUGUUAAUUAAUAAAACCAACUUUUUGAAAGUUUCAUUAACAAUUUUUCAAUGUAAAAUGAGCGAUAACGUUCGGUUUAUUGUAAUUAUUGUAUGAGGUCAUCGUGAUAUUAAGAUUAUGACGAGAAAUAAUACAGAAAAAUACCGAGUGAGAAGGACAGCUGGGGGAAAUGAUCACGUCCGAUGGAGAAUAUCUUGAGAUUGACUGAGUGAAAAUAAAAAAAAUCUUACGCCAUUUUGACGGGAAUAUCUUAAGCUUUAAAAUUAGUCAUGAUUCGUAUAGUCUUAAAUCGUAUCGUUAGUUCCAAAGAUAACUGCAAUUUAGUAAAGAUCAUUUUGCCCCAGUCUGUCCACAAUUAUUGCUGUAACGUGAAUAGAGAUGAGUGAAAGAAAUUGACAAUUUUUUUUAAAUCGAGAUGAUUUUUGUGUAAAGAUAUACUGGACUAUUCCCUCUUGUCAUUCGUCCUAAUGAUGAAACAAAAACAAAGAAAAGCGCUUAAUUAAGAUUUUUAAUUCAAUUGUGAAUCUGUGAGAAAGCCACAUUAUUUAUUUCUUUCCCGCUUCAAGAUAUCAUUGAAUUUCAUUGUAAAUAAAAGAUUUUCCAAUUGGUUCCCACUAUCAUUAUUCAAAUUUUCCGAAUUCUUAUCAUAUUUAAAAAAUCAGAAAUUAAGAAAAUACAUUUUUUAAUAGAUCGGAUGCAGUUAAAUUGCAUUUAAAAUAGUUGAACGGUUUUUGGUAAUUAACUAGUUUGUAAAAAGAUGAGAGGACUUGCAUAAAGUCGAAUAUUCUUUGAAUUUGAUAAGAAUUCUCUAUGGAAGGUGCAAAUUUUGAUGAGUUCAAUUUUUUUCACACUCGCUUUUAUGCAAAUAUCUCGGCAACGAGUGGUUUUAGGGAGAAAUUUUCCGAGACAAACAAUAUGUUGUGACAUUUUUUUGCUAGAACCAUCCACUUCCCAGAUAAUGGCGUAAUAAUCGAACUAGAUUGGUUCAUCAAAUUACCCUGAAAUACCGAUUUUUUUUUCUUGUCACCUAGAUCUAUUCAAUUACCAUAGAAAUUGGUCGAAGAAGGUACAAAUAGGGAUUCAUUUACAAUAAUUAGACGGAAAGUGUGAGGAAAGUAAUCGAAGAAUGAUUAAAAACAGAAUUAAAAACAAAAUAGAGAAUUUAUUUAUUCAUAAUGAAAAUAAUGAAUAACGCGAGAGAUCAAAAUGCGUCGUGUAAUAUUCAUAAAUACUGAAUAAUUUUUUUUAUUUCUAUAUUUGUUGUGUUUUUCUUUAAAUACUGGAAUGAGCAGAAGAAAAAAAUAAUAUUUAAUGCUCUGGUUGAUUAUACCACCAUCGACUAUGAAAAACGUCAUUAUCUUGCAGUGCGUACCAUGAAUCACGAGAUAACAAUUUAUGAGUGCACCUAUGGUGAGCAAUAAAAUGAAUAAAAAUAAUCGUUUGUUAAAA